AUGGAGUGGAUAUGUGUUUCUCUUCUUCUCUUUGGUGGAAUGCCUUCAGCUUUAACGCAGUUCAAUGGAUUCAACUGUGAUCCGAACUACCACAGCAGAUUUCCCAGCGACAGAGAUAUCAGUGUAUACUGCGGUGUUCAAACAAUCACGCUAAAGAUUAACCUAUGCCCUGUGCUAUACUCUGGAUACACUGAUGUUGACCUGGUGCUGAAUGGUCGCCAUGGAGACGUUCAAUGCAGAGGUUUCAUAAACAACAACACCUUCCCCACAGCCAUGCUCUUCAGCAUCAGUCUGAGCACUCUGGAGUCCUGUGGGAACACGCUGGAGGUUUCUACAUCUCAAGGCUACAAUGCUUAUGGAAACAGCUCUAUGGUGCAGAUGGGGAACAUAUCGGGCUACAUUGACACGCCGGACCCUCCAACUGUCAUCAGCUACUUGCCAGGUCUGCUGUUUAAAUUCAGCUGUAGUUAUCCUCUGGAGUACCUGCUCAACAACAGCCAGCUGGCAUCUUCAUCUGCUGCAAUAUCAGUAAAAGACAACAAUGGUACCUUCCUGAGCACUCUUAGUUUAAUUCUUUACAAUGACUCAACCUUCAGUCAGCUGAUCUAUAUACCUAUGACCGGCCUGCCUUUAAAGACCCGAGUGUUUGCUGCGGUUAAAGCUACUAAUCUGGACAGGAGGUGGAACGUACUGAUGGAUCACUGUUACUCCACUCCCUCAGGGAACCCUAAUGAUGAAAUACGCUACGACCUUUUCUUUGGGUGUUACAAAGAUCCACAGACGACUGUUUUUGAAAAUGGAAAAAGUCAAAUGGGCCGCUUUGCGUUCGAAGUCUUCCGUUUUGUGAAACAUAAAAACCAGAAGAUGUCCACUGUGUUCCUGCACUGUAUUACAAAGCUGUGUCGAGCAGAUGACUGCCCAAUGCUAAUGCCGAUCUGUGGAAAGCGCAGGAGGAGAGACACACUAGAGAAUCAUGUAGUGUCAGGUUCAGCCUCUGGGGACGCAGUCAUAACCGCAGGCCCUAUAAUCACCAGAAGCGAUGAAACGCCAACCAACAAUUCACAUCUCGUGAACAGUUCCUCUCAGAAGUGGGACGCUGUGAACAGCAGCUUGAUGUCGGGUGUGGUAGUGUUGGGAGUGAUGAGUCUGGGUCUCUUCAUCCUGUCCCUCAGGCUGCUCAGGAAACCAAACCCUUCUAGUCUGACAGGGGUCUCAAGCUUCAGAUGA